ACUGUUGCUGCAUUCAUUUUCUGGUCGGAACUAGGGAACUCUGAAAUGUCCGACUUGAUAAUAGUUUAUAGUUAUACACGUGCCGCAUUCACUCAGUUAGCAAGUUGGCAUUUUCUAGUUUCCUAGUUCUGAAUAGUACGUAAACGUGGCAUGUAUACCGCCUAGUCGAAACCACGUAGUUAUGGCGGCGUGCUGUCCAGUUCCGGAUUUGUUUGAAGUAUGUGUUGACGGCGUCUAGUUGGGACUUUGGCAUAUUUCGUCAACCAACUUCAAUUUGUCAACCUAACUAAGCAAAGUUAGAAUUGUAUCGUUGGUAUUUUAUAAGGACGUUUCCUUUUAUACACUUUUCUAGCCUACCAGGGCUAGCUAAACUAGCGACCGAGAACCAGCGAAUGCUAGUUGCUACUCGCCUGGAUUCAUCGCUUUCAUUUUUAAUGACGGUUUAGCUACUUUUUAAAAGGUUUUUUUCUUCAUUCAUUUUCAAUCGAGUGUGGCGAAAGUAGGAUUUGAACUGAGCACACGAUUGCUAUUGGCCGGUGUCUACUUGACCUGCAGCUGCAGGUUCUGGAGGGAAGAGGCUGGGGACCCGACUCAACCGGAGUCUCUCGGGCUGUACCGCUAUUUGUGCCGAGAAUACUGUUUGAGUGACUGUCGAAAUGCUGAAGACCCGUCAGUGUUUACUUGGCAUUCGCACUUUCCUCGGAGUGACGUCUAGAAUAUGGGGUUUUAUUCUGUACAUACUCAGGAAACAUUUAAGGACGGUAAUCCAGUACCAAACAGUGCGUUAUGACACAUUACCUCUGUCGCCUGUGUUCAUAAACCGACUCAAUGCCGUUAAGAGGAAGAUUCUGGUGCUGGACCUUGAUGAGACCCUAAUUCACUCCCACCAUGACGGGGUGAUGAGACCCACAGUGAGACCAGGCACUCCCCCAGACUUCACUCUAAAGGUGGUAAUCGACAAACAUCCUGUCAGGUUUUUUGUACAUAAAAGACCGCAUGUGGACUUCUUCUUAGAAGUGGUAAGUCAGUGGUAUGAGCUGGUGGUUUUCACGGCCAGUAUGGAAAUCUAUGGCUCAGCUGUGUCUGACAAGCUAGACAAGGACAGGGACAUCCUGAAACGAAGAUACUACAGACAGCACUGUACAUUGGAUCUGGGUAGUUAUAUUAAAGAUCUUUCUGUGGUGCACAACGAUCUAUCUAGUGUAGUCAUCCUGGACAACUCGCCUGGGGCCUACCGCAGCCACCCUGGUAGCGUUCUCCUGUCGGACUGCCAGAUGGUGAAGCGUGAUUCAUCACUCCAGAGAACGUGUUUCCACUUCUCCAGAGUCCAAUGGCGACGAGCUUUACACCAGUCCAGACAACGCAAUACCCAUCAAAUCGUGGUUCAGCGACCCAAGCGACACGGCUCUUCUUAACCUGCUACCCAUGCUAGAUGCCCUGAGGUUCACCUCAGAUGUCCGGUCCGUCCUCAGUCGAAACCUCCAUCAGCAUCGGCUAUGGUGAUUCGCCAUCGGCUCCAGCCUCAGCAGCUCCACUUCCUCUUUUUAGAAUGCCUUCUCUGCUGGUUGCCCCCCCCUGCUCAGCUCACAUCUCCCCCGCUCUGUGGUGUGUGUGAGCCUUUUUAAGAAGGGUGAGGACAAAGACUGGGGGCCACAAAUACCAAGGAGGGAGCUAUGUAUAAGGAAGGAAAACAAAGUGGAGAGGGCAAACUUUUUAUUUGUAUUUUUCCUGAAUGGAAACUCUUGCCUUAAAGUCCUUGGAUUCUGGGAGUGCAUGUUGAGUGUGUUUGUGUAAACAUGUGAGAGUAUGCUUGCAUUAGUCACUUUUUUGUUGUUGAUGAAAUAUGAAAUCUUUUAAACCUAUUGACUAUGGAAAUACUGAUUAUGAGACGAUGAAGAAACCAGUCCUUAUUUCAGAAAAAUGACUUGAAUGUUGUGUAGUUAAUACAGAUGUAAGAUUUUGACCCUUCUUCUCCAUCCACAGAGCAAAGUUAAGUUUUAUUUUCAUCAAUCUUUCUAUUCAUGAGCAUGUUUUCUUCCUUGGACUUUUUCAAGCCUGAUUUACUCCCGUUCUCUUUAAACCAUGUACCAUGUACACAUUAUCCCAUUUCCUUCAAUGUAACUCCAACAUCCUGGCCCAUUGAAAAAUGUAAGCUAAGGCCUUUGGUGGGUUUCUGUCGGUCAGACAUCAAAUCGAUCAGUGUCCAAUAAAUUGCUUGGCAACAUA